CAUGGCUAAGUUUAGUGGUUUUGAUGACACUAUGGAUACGUCUGCAGCUUUGUCACUCGUCGCUGAGGCUCAACCUUUUCACGCUUCUGGGGCUAGUGGUAUGGCGAGAAAAGUAAGAUCAGAUAUUAGAAAUCAGUGGGCGCAUUGUAACUUUGCACACUGGACUGACGUCGUUUACCAAGCAGCUCUAAAAGAUAUGGAGACAUUAAUAAAUCAAGUCAACCUUACACCUUCGAAAAGAAAGGAAAUGCUUGAUGAUCUUGUUGACUGGAAAGAAAAAGGUCUGAAACUUUGUUUUGGCGAGCCAGUAGAUCCUGAACUGCUUGAACUCGUCCACACUGAGGUUGCUGAACUUAAAGAUUUGGUAAAAUUUGUUGAAGAGAAUACAGAGGAUAUUCUGAACGCAUUAGAAGCAGUCGAAAAAUCUUUGAAAGAUGAAAUCCAAGAGUUAAAGGAAAGACAACUCCGUACUGAGAAAGAUGUCGAGCAAUUGAGAGCUAAACAGGACGAUUUACAGAUGACCAUCUCGAAAAGAAACGAAAAAGAACCACGAUAUCUUUUCAUGGCGCCUAAACAGAGUGUCUGGUUUAGUGGCCGAAAAUCUGAACUCGGUUAUCUUCGAGACGUACUCGAGAAUAAGAGAAGAUGUGGCGAAGAAAGAGUCCUUGUCGCUGCCAUCUCUGGUCUUGGAGGAUGCGGGAAAACAAGCCUUACUGCAGAAUAUAUACACAAAUGGAAAGGUUAUUAUCAAGGAGGUGUUUACUGGUUUUCCGCAGAAAGCGAUGUCAAGUUCAAAGCCUCGGUCGAUGAGAUAGCCGCGCAAUUCGAUACACUUUAUAACGAUUCGUUCAAUGUUACAUUGUACAAGACCCUAGCAGUUUUUUCAAAUAUUACAAAACCAUGGCUGGUGGUUGUUGACAAUAUGGAUGAAGCUGAUCUUUCACCAAAUUUGGUUAAUUUGGUAUCAGGGCCGUGGCAAGAAAACGUCGCGUGUUUUGGUCAUCUCAUCAUAACAACACGACGAACACCUCAGGAUUUAGAAGAGAAAUUAUCUGGUAUCGAAGAAUCCAAUUGCCUCAAACUCGAAUGCUUUGGUAGUGAGGAGGCGAAAGAAUUCGUCUUCAGAAGAACUAACAUUACUCGUGAUGAACAAAAAGAACUUUCCGCGGACUCGCUAUGUCAAAAGCUUGGUGGCUUACCAUUAGCAUUAGAACAAGCUUGUGCAUACAUCAAGUAUCUGGGAUGCUCACUAUCUGAGUACUUAGGGUCGUACGAGGAACAUUCCCUCCAACUUCUAAACAAGAAGAAAGCUACCUCUUUUCAUGGAACUUCCCCAGAACGAUUAGCCGUUCGUACCACGUGGCAUCUCAACUUUGAACAUAUCAAAAAAGAUGAAAACGGGAUCGUCGCCAUUCGUUUUUUGAAUGCUUCGGCGUUUUUGGAUCGCAAUGAAAUUCAAAAAGACCUCAUUAAUGUAGGCGAACCCCGUGUUGACGAAAAAUGUAUUGUGAUCACGUGAGCUCUGCUUUAGGUUCCCUCGAAGUCCUGAAACUCUUGACUGACUUUUCUCUUUUUAAGGAAACUCACGAUUCUUCCCUCACAGUUCAUCGUUUAGUCCAAGAGGUCAUUCGAGAAAGUCUGACCUCGGAGGAGAAAGUUGAAAGCAUUGUUGACGCAGCCCGUCUGUUACGUUUUGCCUUCUUACAAUGCCCAUCUCCUGAUAAAAUUUCAGAAAGUGUGGUAACUGAAUAUGGUGAUCGAUCAUCCCUCUAUCCAAAUGAUUCUUCUAAAUUUUAUAAAUGGCAUAAGUUGUGUUUACAUGCACAUGAAAUUAGAAGGAAUCUUGAACGUCUUUUGGAAGUCGUCCAUGAUGUUACCGGGAAAACCGUCUUUCUGCCAGAGAUAGCGAGGGUUGUUUACCAAUGUGCUUUGCAUUUGAAUGUCAAUAAUUUGAGUAGGCAGGCAAAAAUUGUUGGAGACUUUGCCAAUCGGAUUUUUGACUGUAGUCGCCAAGAGAUUUCGGAGAAUGAUUUGAGGGUUCUCUCUCCACAUACGUUUCCUCUGUCAGAGUCUGUACGUAGGUUAAUCAAAUACUCCUGUGAGGCUCCCCCUGAAAUAGAAAAGAUCAAUACUGUUAUUAAGACCUCUGCUUAUGAUCCCAUGAAAGCAGAAAUCGAUAAUUUGCGAUCUGAGGGUAAUGACCUAUUCAUGAAAAGCAAUUUCGAACAGGCUGUAACAGUAUACUCUUCAUGUAUUGAUAGAAGUAUAGGGAAGAAUUUUUUUGACCCUAGGUUAUUUAGUAAUCGUGCUUCUGCUUAUCUCAGGUUAGAGCAGUUCAAAAAUGCUCUGAGCGAUGCUGAGGAAUACAUUAAGUAUUCUCCUGAUUGUUGGAGAGGCUACGCUAGGAAAGCCUUGGCUCUUCACGGCUUAAAUGAACAAAAUGCUGUAUGUGCUGCAGCUUUGGCCUUUUAUUAUAACCCCAGUAUCUUCGAGAAAUACGAACCGUUCAAAACUUCAUUUCCCAAUAUGAAAGAACGUAUUCAUAUUUGUGAUGACGUUCCUUCACUUGUUUCUUUGCUUUCUGCUCCGCUACAUGAUGGGAUGUUGUUUGAUAGCAUGUGCAAAAUCAUUCUCCUCAAACCAGGCAAAUAUUGUCUCCUCGCCAAAGAUUUCGAAAGUGAUCGAAUUCAAGAUGAAAAUAUUCUCAAUGUCAAUAUAAAGCGGUUGAUAACACUUGAUUUUUGCAUUGUUGGUUUGGGUGAUAGCUCGCCUUCACUCUCCUUCGAUCGUAAUUUAGGUCUGCUUUCCCGCAACGUUGUGGCUUAUAACAUCUCUUUUAUAUUUGAUGUUGCAAACUGGGGUACCAUGCAGGAUUCUACAGUCAAGCUGUUGAACUGUUCGUACACAUGCAAUGAUGCUUUUGUGUCAAAAGGAUAUCUCAGUGUGAAAAAUUGUCUGUUUAACAAUUGCAAAAAUACUGCCCUGUUCAUUGAAGGAGAAGCUGUUGUUGAAGACUCCGUCUUUUCUGGUAACAAGUUAGUUGGAAUAGAAAUCUUCGGUGGAAGUCUUUGCCUCAAAAACAGCAAACUUCACGGUAACCGAUGGGGUUUAUUUCUAAAGAAUGGCAAAUGUCGUAUGACUUGUUGCCAAAUUUAUGAUAACGAGAAAAUUGGUAUAUGGGUCCAGGAAGGAAAUGCAACAUUUACACGUAAUGAAAUAUUUCACAAUGACUGUCAUGGUGUAUUUGUUCAUAAAAAAGGUUCCGCGGUCAUAGAGGAAAAUGAAAUAUUUGAGAACAAUUGGCUGGGUAUUCGAGCGUUCAAUGCUUGGUGCCAUAUUUCUCGGAACAGAAUCUACCAAAACAAAUGUGGCGGCAUUCAUGUGAUGCCAGUAACAAAAGCGUCAGGUCUGCAGCAAUCAAUUAUUGAGUCCAAUCAUAUUUUUAGGAACGAGGGGCCUGGUAUUGACCAUGCCAUAGGCUUCGAUGAUGAACUCGAUAGUGCGAUGCCGAAUCUUUUUGAAGUCUUUUCCGCAGUUGGUGAAUUCAUGCUAGCGAAAUGCAGUGACAAUGAGCUGAAAAAUAACAUGGAGACAGGCAGCCAUCCACCACUGAAGGAGUUCACUGACAUUUGUUUUCGUUGUUACAAGAAAGGCCGUUGGAAGAAAUGUGACAACUGUUUUAUCGCAGGAUACUGCAGCCCAGAAUGCGAAAAAGAUGACUUUGAAAUCCACAAAAAUUGUUGUGUUCGGCUAUUGGAAAGAUAUAGCGUUUUGGUAAAAGUUUUUCCAUUGUCAUCCGGUCUCAUUGGCGACAAGAUGGUUUCAGACGAGGGUAAUGAAAGGGGGAUGCCAUGGUCGGUCCUUGAGCCUUGUGGACGUGCACACGCGCGGCCGCCCAACAACGGUGAACGUUUCGUUGUUAAGAUACAAGCCUGUGAUGGUCCAAGACGAUCUAAUCGCGGACGUACCCUUCUUUCUAUAGGAGAUCGUAGCCUGUCUGUUAACGGAAGUUUGGCUAUGGGUGACCAUUGCGACGGCAUUUAUCGCAUUGUAAGAGAGUGUGGCUCCAACUGUGAAUGUUUAGGAUGGAAGAAGAAGUUCUUUUGGGCUGUCCUUGCAGAAGAUUACCGUACAGUGCGCGUAUUUCUCACUGAUUUACCAAGCUAUCAACUUUGGUAACGACAAAUAUUAUCUCUCACUCAGUUAAACAGAGAAUCAAACACAUCCAUAAAGUAACGGUUCAAAAUUGUGCACUAGGCAUUUAAUAUGUAUAGUUGAUUGAAUUGCUUUUAGCAUGGUAGACUAUAUUUACAAAAUAUAAUAUAUGCGAUGAAACUGGGUGUUUUACACGUUGUGUCGAAGAAGCGAAACACCUAAAAAUCCGCUAUUAUUCUGAUUCUUAAUGUGAUUUAAAUUUGAACUCGCUACUAUUUACGCACAAUAUCCACUAUAGGACAAUCUUCGGGUUCUCCUACGUUGUACGCAUUGGAAUGUUUUUUAACUUCCAUUAAAAAUGUUUCGCGUGACAAGCAAUUUUGGCCUAAUUCAACAGAUACUUAAUACAUUGCAUCCCUUAAUUUACUUUUACCUAGCUUCAACAUGGCAUUAUUAGGACGAUGAAGGAUAUUUGUGGUUUGUCUUUUUCGAGACACACUAUCCACGCGGAUUUAUCCAAAUAAAAGAGACUUAUAGAAAUUACCCUUGAGCCUGGUAUUCAUUUAGUCGUCACUGUCGUGAUUCUCACGAAUGUGAAAUAGUCAUGCGUAAAUUUGUCCAUAUACUUCUUAAUUCAAUUCGGGCAUUGUUUGACUACACACCUAUACACACCCAUUGUUUGACUACACACCCGGAAAUGUUCUAUAUCACAUGGCCAACGUGACAUGUCACGGCAAUGAAGUCUAAAUGGAAACCAGGCAUCAUCGUGCCCAAGCACAAAGGGGGUUCCUAAGGUCUUUACAUCCUGUAUAAUUUAGAUAUAACAUAAUAUAUAUUUUUAAAACGUGAGGCAAAAAAACAAUUUCUGAAUAAACAAGAUAUCUUGAAAACAUAUAAAUGAUUUAUGCUCACGACACGAAAGACACAAAAUUGAAACUUAAGACGAAUUUCAAUUGUAUUAUGUAUUUUAUAAAGAAAGUGUUGAUUUAGCGUUCCAGGUCUAUAUUUAUUUUAUAUGCCCUAUAUAAAGUAUAGCAACUGAGAUAUAAUGAUACUGAGGUUAUGUCUUUAAUCUUUCUGAAUAUAUAUUUGAUUUUGAGCCCUUGCACAUGCAUGAUCACUUAUAUAAUGUAGCUGUGUUAAAUAUGUUUAUAGCCUAUUGUUAGCUAAUAGCUUAACUAUAUAACAUGUGCAGGAUGACAUCGAAUGUCUCAAAACGCUUUAUAUACCUGGACACCUGCUGUGUACAUGAAGCAUGUCAAAUGUGGAAAAAAUAUUACUAAACUGUUGCCAAAUGUGAAGUUUGCGCUGGAUGCAUGCUCGCAUCUCAUUAAUCAAAGAACCGAUAUCUAUACGCGUUUCCCUUAUCACACGACGAAAUGAUAAACAAAGUUAUGAACGAGUACUGUUUAGACGACUAACUGGCAAAUUUAGAAAGAGGCUAAAGUAAUUAAGUGCAGUAAGUGACAUCUUAGAAGUCAUUAUUUCGAAAAUAUAUUAGUUUGUCAACUAGUAACCAACAUCGUUCCUGGGGCAUUUGCUUCCAGGGUAAGACAGCUGUGAAAAUAGCUGCAUCUUUAUUCACAAUGUUUUUUGCAACGUACUGUAUCCUAUAUUCCUAUUGGCCAGUAGAAUACUCGUAAUUUAUGAGAUUCAUCAUAUUCAUGCACGUGGAAUGGAAAGAAACAAACUGUUUGGCAAGAAUUGAUGAUAUUCGCCGUCGCCUUUGUUUAUAGAAUAUAUUAGAAUAAAUUUCUUAGUUUAUAAAACCUAAUUAAUAUAAUUCCUAAGAAGGAAUUUCGUUCUAAACUAUAAUCAGCCAAAUUGUAUACAUUUUUCAGGCUAAGCCAAUAAAAUUGCCUACUUUUUUAAUACUUCAUGUAGGGUAAAUAAUGUACCUCUUUCCUGGAAGUUGCUAAAACUUACGCUUUUGAUUGGGUUACUGAAAAUGUAGGCAAAUUUGCAGAUUGGUCCCAAAUAAAAUC